GGCGGGCGGCGAGGCCCCGGCUUCUGCGCGCCGGCCCUGGAGGAGCCCAGAGGACCGCCGCUCCGAGGUCCUUGCAGUCUGUGUGAGCUCCAGGCUUUGCCAUCGGAGGUUGGAAUCUUUUUAGGUGAAGGAAUGCUAACGGACAGAAGUGUUGAAGAGUGCUGCUGAAGCUGGGACAGUGUCACCACAGCCGUCGGAAAGUUCACUCGUCGUGGCUUCAGAGAAACCAUGCUUUGAGGAUGCUGUUUGCUCUUGGUGAAAACAGCAGCCAGCCUUCCUGUCUGUGUUUGUUACAGUGUUGUGUGAGGACCAUGGAGGGAGGCUUACACCGCUGUUGCUGAUGACGGCUUCUUCCCUCUGUGGACAUGAGUGAUCCAAGGCCAUCACAGACAGAGAAGCACAAGCUUGCCAGAGCUGCCUCCAAAUUCAAGGACCCUUCCAGAACCAUGCAGUCUGAUGAUUAUUUUGCUCGGAAAUUUAAAGCCAUCAAUGGCAGCAUGGGACCUGCUACUUUAAACACUUCUGGUCCGAGUGAGGGCGGGGGAGGUGGGGGUGGGCCAGCCAAUGGUACCCCAGCAGUGCCCAAGAUGGGUGUGAGGGCCAGAGUGUCUGAGUGGCCUCCUAAAAAGGACUGUUCCAAGGACCUGGCUUGCAAGACGCUAUGGGAGAGCCGGUCUCAGUCCAGCUAUGAGAGUGUCACCUCCAUCAUCCAGAAUGGCCAAAAUGACCAGGGUGACAGGCAGCAAGAGGAGCAGCUGGACCUGGACUUUGUGGAGGCAAAGUACACCAUUGGAGACAUCUUUGUCCAUUCGCCCCAGAGAGGGCUCCACCCCAUACGGCAGAGGAGCAACAGUGACAUCACCAUCAGUGACAUCGAUACGGAGGACGUCCUGGACCAACACGCAGUCAACCCCAACACUGGAGCGGCCCUGCACAGGGAGUAUGGGAGCACUUCCUCUAUUGACAGGCAGGGUCUGUCUGGGGAGAAUGCUUUUGCCAUGCUCCGAGGGUACCGAAUAGAGAGUUAUGACCCUAAAGUGACCGGCUCCUUUGGGUUCCCUGAUUUCUUUCCCUGUGACACUGCCAUCUCCCCCAGCCUCCACGCUGCAGCCCAGAUUUCCAGAGGAGAGUUUGUCCGCAUCUCAGGGUUGGACUACAUGGACGGUGGCCUCUUGAUGGGGAGGGACAGAGACAAGCCCUUCAAGCGCAGGCUAAAGUCAGAGUCCGUGGAAACCUCACUCUUCCGAAAACUUCGGACAGUCAAGAGCGAGCACGAGACCUUCAAGUUCACUUCUGACCUGGAGGAGGGCCGCCUGGACCGGGGCAUCCGCCCGUGGAGUUGCCAGAGGUGCUUCGCCCAUUACGAUGUGCAGAGUAUCCUCUUCAACAUCAAUGAAGCCAUGGCCACGAGGGCCAGUGUGGGGAAGAGAAAGAACAUCACCACAGGGGCCUCGGCAGCAUCACAGACUCCAGCUCCCGUAGGCCCCGCUGGAGGCUGCGAGUCCCCGUUGGGCAGCAAGGAGGACCUCAAUUCCAAGGAGAACCCCGACGCUGAUGAGGGCGACGGGAAGAGCAACGACCUGGUCCUCAGCUGUCCAUACUUUCGCAAUGAGACCGGCGGUGAGGGCGACAGACGUAUUGCCCUCUCUCGGGCCAACUCAGCCUCUUUCAGCUCUGGGGAGAGCUGCUCCUUUGAGUCAUCCCUCAGCUCACACUGUACCAAUGCAGGUGUCUCUGUCUUGGAGGUGCCACGGGAGAGCCAGCCCAUCCACAGGGAGAAGGUCAAGCGCUACAUCAUAGAGCACGUUGACCUCGGGGCCUACUACUACCGCAAGUUCUUCUAUGGCAAAGAGCACCAGAACUACUUUGGAAUAGAUGAAAAUCUUGGCCCUGUGGCUGUCAGCAUCCGGAGGGAGAAGGUGGAAGACCCCAGGGAGAAAGAAGGGUCGCAGUUCAACUACAGGGUGGCCUUCAGGACAAGCGAGCUUACAACUCUGAGAGGAGCGAUCCUAGAAGAUGCUGUCCCGUCCACAGCCCGGCACGGCACCGCCCGGGGACUGCCCCUCAAGGAAGUCCUGGAGUAUGUUAUCCCAGAGCUGAGUAUUCAGUGUCUGCGGCAAGCAGCCAACUCCCCCAAGGUCCCAGAGCAGCUGCUCAAGCUGGAUGAACAAGGGCUGAGCUUCCAGCACAAAAUUGGGAUCCUGUACUGCAAAGCUGGGCAGAGCACGGAAGAGGAAAUGUACAACAACGAGACAGCGGGGCCGGCCUUCGAGGAGUUCCUGGACCUCCUCGGCCAGAGAGUGCGGCUGAAGGGCUUCAGCAAGUACCGUGCGCAGCUGGACAAUAAGACGGAUUCCACAGGGACCCACUCCCUCUACACCACAUACAAAGACUUCGAACUCAUGUUCCAUGUGUCGACGCUGCUUCCGUAUAUGCCAAACAACAGGCAGCAGCUUCUGAGGAAGAGGCACAUCGGGAACGACAUUGUCACUAUAGUCUUCCAAGAGCCUGGCGCCCUCCCGUUCACCCCCAAGAACAUCCGUUCACACUUCCAGCAUGUCUUCGUAAUAGUGAAGGUGCAUAACCCCUGCACUGAAAACGUGUGCUACAGCGUUGGAGUUUCCAGAUCAAAGGAUGUCCCUCCCUUCGGUCCCCCAAUCCCCAAAGGUGUAACUUUUCCAAAGUCGGCCGUCUUCCGGGACUUCCUUUUAGCCAAAGUGAUCAACGCAGAAAAUGCGGCCCAUAAGUCAGAGAAGUUCCGGGCCAUGGCUACCCGAACAAGGCAAGAGUACUUGAAGGAUUUAGCUGAGAACUUUGUCACAACCGCCACAGUGGACACUUCUGCAAAAUUCAGCUUUAUCACCCUGGGGGCAAAGAAGAAAGAGCGGGUAAAGCCAAGGAAGGAUGCACACCUGUUCAGCAUCGGGGCCAUCACGUGGCAUGUGGUGGCACGGGACUUUGGCCAGUCAUCAGACAUUGAGUGUCUUCUGGGGAUCUCCAAUGAGUUCAUCAUGCUGAUAGAGAAGGAUUCCAAGAAUGUCGUGUUUAACUGUUCCUGUAGGGACGUGAUUGGUUGGACUUCAGGGUUAGUGAGCAUCAAAGUCUUCUAUGAAAGGGGAGAGUGUCUCCUGCUGUCCUCAGUGGAUAACUGUUCUGAAGACAUUCGAGAAAUAGUGCAGCGACUGGUAAUAGUUACUAGAGGCUGCGAGACUGUGGAGAUGACCCUGAGAAGGAACGGGCUGGGCCAGCUUGGCUUCCAUGUGAACUUUGAAGGGAUCGUCGCCGACGUGGAGCCGUUCGGCUUCGCCUGGAAGGCAGGCCUUCGCCAAGGGAGCCGGCUCGUGGAGAUCUGCAAGGUGGCCGUGGCCACGCUGACCCACGAGCAGAUGAUUGACCUCCUGCGGACAUCUGUGACUGUGAAAGUGGUUAUCAUCCAGCCCCACGAGGACGGCUCUCCCCGCAGGGGCUGCUCAGAGCUCUGCCGGAUCCCCAUGGUGGAAUACAAGCUGGACAGCGAGGGCACACCCUGUGAGUACAAGACGCCUUUCAGGAGGAACACCACGUGGCACCGUGUGCCCACCCCUGCCCUACAGCCAGUUUCCAGAGCCUCACCUGUGCCUGGCACACCUGACCGACUACAGUGCCAGCCACUGCUGCAGCAGGCCCAGGCCGCCAUCCCCCGGAGCACGUCCUUCGACAGGAAGCUGCCUGAUGGCACCAGAAGUUCUCCCAGCAACCAGUCAUCAUCCAGUGAUCCCGGACCUGGUGGGAGUGGACCCUGGCGACCACAAGUGGGCUAUGAUGGGUGCCCAUCCCCCCUACUGCUCGAGCACCAAGGCCCAGGCUCUGUGGAGUGUGAUGGAACUGGGGAGCAUGAGGACCUCAUGGAGGGAGGCAGGCUUCCAGAAACCAAAUGGCAUGGCCCACCUUCCAAAGUCCUGAGCUCCUAUAAGGAGAGGGUGCUGCAGAAAGAUGGAAGCUGCAAAGAGUCUCCCAAUAAGCUAUCUCACAUUGGGGAUAAGAGCUGCUCCAGCCACUCCAGCAGCAACACGCUGUCCAGCAACACCUCCAGCAACAGCGAUGACAAGCACUUCGGGUCAGGGGACCUGAUGGACCCCGAGCUACUGGGAUUGACCUACAUCAAAGGCGCGUCCACCGACAGUGGCAUCGACACCACGCCGUGCAUGCCAGCCACCAUACUGGGCCCAGUGCAUCUGACGGGCAGCAGGUCCCUGAUCCACAGCCGGGCAGAGCAGUGGGCAGAUGCUGCCGAAGUCUCGGGAGCUGAUGAUGAACCUGCCAAGAUGUAUACCCUGCAUGGCUAUGCCUCCGCCAUCUCCAGCAGCGCCGCAGACGGAAGCGUGGGUGACCUCAGUGAAGUCUCUUCCCACUCCAGUGGCUCUCACCAUUCAGGAAGCCCCUCCACUCACUGCUCCAAAAGCACUGGGUCUCUGGACAGCUCCAAAGUCUACAUCGUCACUCACAGCAGCGGACAGCAGGUACCUGGGGCUGUGGCAAAGCCUUACCACAGACAAGGAGCAGCAAACAAGUACGUCAUUGGCUGGAAAAAGUCAGAAGGCAGCCCACCACCCGAGGAACCUGAAGUGACUGAAUGCCCCAGGAUGUAUAGCGAGAUGGACAUCAUGUCCACAGCCACUCAGCAUCCGGCAGUGGUGGGAGACUCUGUUUCGGAAACUCAACACGUCUUAUCCAAAGAUGACUUUCUGAAGUUGAUGCUGCCUGACAGCCCCUUAGUGGAGGAGGGGAGACGGAAGUUUCCCUUCUAUGGGAACCUGUCUCCGCGGAGGUCACUGUACCGAACAUUGUCCGAUGAGAGCGUGUGCAGCAACCGGAGGGGCUCUUCCUUCGCCAGCUCUCGAAGCUCCAUCCUGGACCAGGCCCUGCCCAACGACAUUCUGUUCAGCACGACUCCACCCUACCACAGUACGCUGCCUCCAAGAACCCACCCUGCACCCAGCAUGGGGAGCUUACGGAAUGAGUUCUGGUUCUCCGACGGGUCCUUAUCAGACAAGUCCAAGUGUGCAGAUCCUGGCCUGAUGCCACUGCCAGACACAGCUGCAGGGUUAGACUGGUCCCACCUCGUGGACGCUGCGCGAGCAUUUGAAGGUAUUGACUCAGAUGAAGAACUCGGGCUUCUCUGUCACCACGCCUCCUACCUAGACCAGAGGGUGGCCUCUUUCUGUACCCUGACCGACCUCCAGCAUGGACAAGAACUAGAAGGGGCCCCAGAGCUGUCCUUGUGUGUAGAUCCUACCAGUGGCAAAGAAUUCAUGGAUACACCUGGGGAGCGAUCACCCUCCACACUGACUGGGAAAGUUAACCAGCUAGAACUGAUUCUCCGACAACUGCAGACUGACCUUCGGAAGGAGAAGCAGGACAAGGCAGUGCUGCAGGCCGAGGUCCAGCACCUGAGGCAGGACAACAUGCGUCUGCAGGAAGAGUCACAAACGGCCACAGCCCAGCUGCGCAAGUUCACCGAGUGGUUUUUUAGCACCAUUGACAAAAAGGCCUGAUCGGCUUGCUGCUCCUCACCGUGGGACCACGGGCUGGUUGGCGUGCCUGCCUGCCACCCUGCCUACCCGUUGUCCCUUCCACGUCAGCAAUGCAGUUUGUACAUGUGCUUUCCAUCACCUGUAGGUAGAUGUCUCACUGUCUGUCUGUCUCACUACUCACCCCAGCAGGCGGGUCAGGGGCCUGGACUCCCGGGUACCGCAGCAGAAGGCGAAUGUAACUGGUGGUGGAUGCUAACGUAGCCUGUAGCGGAGUGGUUUCCCUGGCGAUGCGCUGGUCUCUGCUUCCCGUGGGGAGAGAACCUAAGCAGGUGACCUGCUGGGACGCUAAGCCAGAGGACUGUGGCAGGGCUGUAGGAUUGUAAAAUAAAUAUGGAGGCAGAUAAUCAGACAUGUACUUUAAUGUUAAAGGUGCUCUAUUUUUUUGGAUGUACAGUAGUUUUAUUUCCUCAUUAUCAUAGCAAUAAGAAGGGCGCAGUAAGCAGUCUGCAGAGCUCUGUCAGAGACAGGCCCUGAAGUUUAACACUAGCACGAACGCUGUUGCCGUAGAGACGUAUUUAUUUGCAGGAACAAACGGUGCCUGAAUAUUAACAGUGUUCUGAUUUAAAAAAAAAAAAAAAAAAAAAGAGAUGCGUAUGCCUUGUGAACGGCUGGACCUGUCAGUAGUCACUUCCGCAUAGUUUGCUUUCUCUUAGUUGCUCUGCUGCAGUCAGUCUGCCCUUCCCCUUAGAGCCCCCGAUGCUGAGUGCCAGCAGGAUCCUGUGUGCCACACCGGACCGUUUCUCUCUGUACAGAACCUCCGAUGAAGUGUCUUGUAUUUAACACUCUUAUUUAAGCUUAUUUAACCCUAACUUGUUAAUUUUAUAUGAUUUCGUUUCACCUGCGCUAGCUGUAAGGCGGGAGGCAGGCAAGCAGUGACUGAGCUCACCCGGACCUGACUGAAGCAGGCGGGCGAGCUGAGGACCGGAUGCUGCUGGCUAACACGUUGUUUGUAUUGCUUCUCCAUUUUUAACUGUUAUAUUUGAGAUGAACAUACAUUUUGCUUUUUUAAUAAAUGUUCAAAAGAAGUCAACGUUA